GCAGGAGGAGGAAGUCUGGAAAGUCCGGCUCCAGCCAAUCUCUAACUAUAGCCUUCCCUUACUUCCUCCCUUAGUUGCUGAGUGCGCAUGUGCAGCUGACGUGUAAGACUCUACAGUGGCUCCCUGGCCAUUGCAUCACACAAUGAAAUCUUAACCUUGCCAGCAGGAAUAUUGGUAUUUCUGCACAACCAGUAGCGGAAUUAUAAUGCCAGAUGGGUCUCAAAAGUUCAUCCUCUACAAAAGAGACAGGCGCCAUGUUACCUUCAUUGUGAAGUUCUACCACAACAAGGACAGAAGUAUCUUGUGAAGAGACAUUGCCGCUGAGCAUUGCAGCUAGCCGAGGGACAGAAGUCACACAGCACCAAUCUACAUGGUCAAGUGUAGCCUGUUACAGAGACCUUGAGGGCUACUGCAAAUGUUCUUCUGAUCCUACCACUGUGCCAUGGAUUUCUCACGCUUUCUAGCCGAUGACUUUGAGGUGAAGGACUGGGUUAAUGCAGCCUUUAAGUCAGUUCAGAAGGAUGCACCAGCCAAGGUGGAUGCCCACGCCUCUACUUUGGUAAUGAAGCUGCAACUCUUCAUCCAAGAGGUGAACAACUCUGUGGAAGAGAUCAGCCACCAGGCUCUGCAGAACAUGCCCCGAGUGCUACGUGAUGUAGAAGCCGUAAGGCAAGAGGCAUCGUUCUUGAAAGAGCAAAUGAUCCUUGUGAAAGAAGACAUCAAGAAAUUUGAGCAAGACACUGCUCAGUCCAUGCAGGUUCUGGUAGAGAUGGAUAAAGUAAAGUCUCGUAUGCAGUUGGCUGCAGACUCUCUGCAGGAAGCGGAUAAAUGGAGCACCCUUAGUGCAGACAUAGAGGAAACGUUUAAAACCCAGAAUAUCACUGUUAUCUCGGAGAAGCUCACCAGCAUGCAAGUGAGUCUCACAAUGUUGGUAGACACCCCAGACUACUCUGAGAAAUGUGUUUAUUUGGAGGCCCUCAAGAAUCGUCUGGAAGCAAUGUGCAGCCCACAGAUUGUAGCAGCGUUUAACAGUCAGUCAGUGGAUCAGGCCAAGAUGUUUGUGAAGGUCUUUAGCGAGAUUGACAGGAUGCCGCAGUUACUUGCUUAUUACUACAAGUGCCACAAGGUGCAGUUGGUGACUGUGUGGCAGGAGCUGUGCCAGAGUGACAUGCCCCUAGACCGGCAGCUGACUGAGUUCUACGACACACUGCUCAGUGCCUGGCACACCCAGUUGCAGUGGGUAUCCCAGGUGUUUAAAAAGCCCCAGGAGGUUGUGACUGUGCUUAUGAUCCAGACCCUGGCUGCUAUGGUGCCAUCUAUCCCCGUGUGUCUCAGUACGGCCAUGGAACGGGCUUCUCCAGAGGACAAGCUCAGCACGCUGUUGGAACUCUACAAUGCCACUGGUCACUUUGCCAAGUCGAUGGAGACUGCUAUCCUGCCCAACAUGGGGGAGUACAAUCUAGUCAAGCUGAUUGAACUGGUGGAUGCUGUAUUUGGACCCUAUAAACCUUAUCAGUUACAGUACGGAGACCUUGAGGAAUCCAACCUCUUGAUACAAAUUAGCGCAAUGCCCUUAGAACGCGGGGAAGUGCUAGACUGUGUCCAGGAGCUUUCCCAUUCUGUCUCCCGGCUCUUUAGCCUUGCAUCAGGGGCAAUGGACAGAUGCAUCAAGUUUACUGACGGCCUGGGCUUGUGCGGCCUGCUGCAGGCUCUCCAGUCUCUUUUUAAAAAGUAUGUUACAGACUUUACACUCACCCUUCAGUCAAUAAGGAAGAAGUGCAAGUUGGACAACAUACCCGCCGAUUCCUUAUUCCUGGAAGACUGGUCGGCCUUCCAGAACUCUGUCAGGAUUAUCGGCGCCUGCGGGGAGCUGUUACGUCAGUGCGGUGAUUUUGAGCAACAGCUUGCAAGCCGGUUUCUGUCUAUAGCAGGGAAGCACCUGUCCGAUACCUACAGCCCACGUAGCCUAACAGGCAUCCAGGAGACAAGUUAUUCUGACCGCAAAAGCAGCCGGAACCCUUGGCACGACUACAACUACCUGCAGAAGGGAGACCCCGCACAGUAUGCUAAUUUGAUGGAGACCCUGUACAUGCUAAAGGAAAAGGGGGCCGUCAGCACCAGCCUUCUCGCUGCCUCUCGCUCGGCUUUCACGCGGCAGAACCAAGUGGCGCAUCAGCUGGCAUUCGAUUCAGUCUUUCUGCACAUCAAACAGCAACUUCUGCUGGUGCCCAAAAUGGAGAGCUGGAGCUGUGAAGGCUCAGGGGAAAUGCUGACUGAAGACCUUCCUACGUUCAGCCUUACUCCUCUUGAAUAUAUUAGCAAUAUCGGGCAGUACCUCAUGUCCCUUCCUCUGCAUUUGGAGCCCUUUGUCACCCCAGAAGAUUCUACCUUGGAACUUGCAUUGCAUGCUGGGAAACUACCAUUUCCUCCCGAACAAGGAGAGGAAACGCCGGAGUUAGAUAACAUGGCAGAUUACUGGCUGGGCUCUCUUGCUCGCGCCACAAUGCAGACGUACUGUGACGUCAUCUUGCAGAUCUCCCUGCUCACGCCUCACACCACCAAGCAGCUGGCAACAGACAUAGACUAUCUGAUAAACGUGAUGGAUGCACUGGGUUUGCAGCCUACUCGGACUCUGCAGCACAUUGUCACGCUUCUCAAGGCCAAACCUGAAGAAUACAGACCGGUUGCUAAGAGCCUGCCCCGGAAACUCUCCUCUUCCAUAGCGGCUAUGAGAAGCCUGGAGUACUAAAGCAGGGAUCUAAAGUGGGCCUGGCGAAAGAUACUGCCCAGCUGGUACCUCUAUACCCAAAUACUGUAAAUGCUGUUUAUUGCUGAAUCUAUAAAAAUGACUUCCUACAAUA